UUUUUGUCUAUGCGUCAACUAUCGAUGCCGCAAGUAUCAACUAACGUUUAUCGAUACUUGUUAAAACGCUUAAAAUACUUGUGCAAAUCGAAUUAGAAAAUUGUUGUUAAGCUUGGAUUUGCCUGUGUUUUAAUUUCUGAACAUGAGCACAGUCAGCAGCCCAACAUCGGUGAACUCACUAUGCCGCGGUUGCCUCGACAACCUCGACGGCUGCCCCAUCUACGAUCUGUUUGUGCUACCAGAUCUCGCCGAGACCUUCACUCUUUGCACAUCUUUACUGGUCGAUGUUCAGGAUGGCUAUCCCAGGCAACUGUGUGCCAGUUGUUAUGCCCGCCUCAAUGAUCUUCAUGACUUUAAAAACCAGUGCGUGGCCUCGCUGCAGCGUUUCAAAGAAAUGGUCGCCACCAAAGUGAUUUCGCCCAACAACAGCAUCGAUCUGUUGGAGCCGCUGCCAGUGGCUUCUUCCAGCAAUGAGGCGGAGCUGCUAAUAAAGGAUGAGGAGCUCAGUAACAGCAACACAGAAUAUGAUCCGCUAAUGCAUAAUAAUCUCGAGCUAGUUGACAACGAAGAGGAUGUGUUUAAACUGCUGGAGCAUGUGGACAAAGAUGACGGGGCUUCAACGACGUCCCCCGAGGAUGAUGUGCCCUUGGCACAACGCUUGCUGCCCUCCGAAACACUGGCCAACAAAUCAAAGCCAAAAAGUCAGCGAUUCACCUGCAAAAUUUGUGGACAGAAAUACAAGAAGCAGUCUAACUACGAUGAGCAUAUGAAGCAUCACAACGGAUUGCUGCCGUAUCAAUGCAGCAUUGAACGAUGCCAGAAAGGCUUCACCACACCGGCAGCACUGCGUCUCCAUGUGGACUAUGCGCACAUGCAGUGCGCUAAGGAAAUACCCUGCACUGUUGAAAGUUGUACGCUGGUGUUUCCCCGCCUCCGACUGCUCACGAUUCAUCUGAAGAAGGUACACAAUAUGACCCGGGCCAGUGAGCCCCGCGUUGAGCAGAUGUGCAGUGAAUGCGGUCUUCUUUUCCGCUGUCCGGUGGCAUUUAAGAAGCACAAGUUUAAGCACACCGGAGAGCAGCUGCCGUAUCCUUGCAACAUUUGCGGCAAGGCCUUUCACUUCAAUAGCGCGUUGAAAAAUCACCUUCUGCGGCACGCGGGCAUCAAGAACCAUGUGUGUCCCUAUUGUGGCGUGGGUAAGACCACUCGCCAGGAGUGGAGCAAACACAUGUUGACGCACACGCAGGAGAAGAUGUUCAAGUGCGAAGUAUGUGAACAUGCCACUCACACGAAGCGAGCGCUCGACAAUCAUGUGAAGACUGUGCACGAGAAGAUACGCAACUAUGCGUGUCAGUAUUGUGGCAAGACGUUUGGCAAGUCGCACGCAUGUAAGAUACACGAGAUGACCCACACCGGAGAGAAGCGUUGCGAGUGCAAGGUGUGUGGCAAGAAGUUCUUAUAUACCGAGAGCCUGACGAAGCAUCUGAAGAUACACGAGAAGAGCGCUGAGCAAGCGCUUGAAACAUAUCGCCAGCGACAGCCGGAAUGUGAUGCCAAUACGGAAGAUCAACUGCUGCUUAAGGUGUGUGCCGAAUCGGUGGCCACCAUACCGCGUGAUCCACGACGUGUUGAACGCGUAGACAUCUCGCAGCUUGCAGGCACCGUUGUCAACCCCAUACCAGAUGUUUUAUUGCCGUCAAAUCCGACAUCUCCAAAAGAGAGCGGCCUGCACUACUGUCCCGUCUGCAAUCAGGGAUUUAACAAUCUGGGCAACAUGAAGCGUCAUUACAAGAGCGUGCACGAGAAGGUCAGGGAAUUUGAGUGUCGCUUCUGUGCCAAACGCUUUGCCAACUCCCAAUCGCUGAAGCAGCACGAAUGGAUACACACCGGAGAGAAACCGUAUGCUUGCAAAACUUGUGGCACGAAUUUCCGUCAGGAGGCCGCCUUGAUACGCCACCAGAAGGUGCACGAAGAGAAGCCAGCGAAACCGGAGAAAUUGCCCAAGCAAAUCACCGAGAAGUGCCGCCAAAAGGAACUACAGAAAUGUGAAAAACGUCGUAAUGUGGCCGCGAUGCGUCAGAAGAUCGCCGAGGCAGCCGAAGAGGAGCUGGAGCAAUUGGCCAAACAGCGUCAGCUGGAGAAGCAACUCAACACCUACGAGCAGUAUCAAGCGGCGGCUGCAGCAAUGCUCAGAGAUGAUGACGAUGUGGAGGUGGAAGAGCACUAGAGACUUCCCAGGUGGAAGCUGUAAUUGUGGGUUAUAUUGUUAAUAGUUUUAAUACUUUUCAAAUAGAUAAAGCUUUUCAAUUGAAGAGAAAUUGAUUUUUCUCCACAUUUUAUCUGCAACUUACGCUUUAAAUAAAUAUUAAACAAG